AAUCCUUGGAAUUAUGGAUUAUUGGAUUUGGAUUCCCAAACUCUUCCCAUUCCUCUUGGGCUUCUCCUUGGCCUCCAUUCCAGGUAAGUUCUUGGAAUUCUGGGAAUUUUGGGGGGGAAUUUAUGGAAUUUUUUUGGGAAAAUUCCUGAUUUUUUAUGGGAUUUUUUGGGGGGAAUUCCCGGUUUUUUUAUGGGAUUUUUUUUGGGAUUUCAGCUUGGAAAAAAGGGAGGGAAAUUCCUGAUUUUUAUGGGAUUUUUUGGGGGGAAUUCCUGGUUUUUUAUGGGAUUUUUUGGGGGGAAUUCCUGGGUUUUUUAUGGGAUUUUUGGGGGAUUUCAGCUUGGAAAAAAGGGAGGGAAAUUCCCGAUUUUUAUGGAAUUUUUUUGGGAAAAUUCACGAUUUUUUAAUGGGAUUUUUUGGGGAAAAAUUCCUGGGUUUUUUAUGGGAUUUUUUGGGAUUUUUUUGGGGGGGAAUUUCCGGUUUUUUAUGGAAUUUUUUUUGGAAAAUUCGCGAUUUUUUAUGGGAUUUUUUGGGGAAAAAUUCCUGGUUUUUUAUGGGAUUUUAUGGGAUUUUUUUGGGGGAAUUCCAGGGUUUUUAAUGGGAUUUUUUUGGGGAAAAUCCCGGUUUUUUAUGGGAUUUUAUGGGAAUUUUUUUGGGGGAAUUCCCGGGUUUUUUAUGGGUUUAUUUUGGGAAAAUUCCCGAUUUUUUAUGGGAUUUUUGGGGGGGAAUUCCCGAUUUUUUAUGGGAUUUUUUUGGGGGGAAUUCCCGAUUUUUUAUGGGAUUUUUUUGGGAAAAUUCACGAUUUUUUAUGGGAUUUUUUGGGUGGAAAAUUCCCAGUUUUUUAUGGGAUUUUAUGGGAUUUUUUGGGAGGGAAUUCCCGUUUUUUUAUGGAAUUUUUGGGGGAAAAUUCCCGAUUUUUUAUGGGAUUUUUUUGGGAGAAAUUCCCGGUUUUUUAAUGGGAUUUUUUUUGGAGGGGAAUUCCCGUUUUUUUUAUGGGAAUUUUUUUUGGGAAUUCCUGGGGUUUUAUGGGAUUUUUUUGGGAAAAAUUCCCGGUUUUUUAUGGGAUUUUAUGGAAUUUUUUUGAGGGGAAAAAAAGGGAUUUUUUGAUGGAAAAAAGGGGAAAAAAAACCUGGAAAAGAGUUGGGAAUUGGGGGAAUUUGGGGAAUUUUGGAAAACUGGGAAAAGGGGGAAAAAAAACUCCUGGAAAAAUGGGAAUGGAGGGGUUGGAAAACACGAGGGAAGAAAAAUGGGAAUAAAAAAAAAACCUCGGGAAUUCCAAACAAUGGGAAUAAAAAAACUCCCCCUUUUUUUUUUCCUUGCUGGGAUUAAAAAAAAAAAAUGGAAUUUUAUGGGAAAAAAUUGGGAAUAUUCCAAUUAAAAAAAAUAUUCCAAUUUAAAAGAAUUAAAAGUGGGAAAAAGCUCCAAAAAAAAGUGGGAAAAGGUCCAAAAAAAAAAGUGGGAAAAGGCUCCAAAAAAAGGUGGGAAAAGUUAAAAAAAAAAGUGGGAAAAGAUCCCAAAAAAAGUGGGAAAAACUCCCAAAAAAAAGUGGGAAAA